CGCGAUCAUCCCCUUCGCUUUAUCAGCUUCCGACAGCAAUAAAACCACAUUAAGUAGAUAAGAAUAACUCGAUUAGCGAUGGUAAGAGGCGCUCGAUGGGUUAAGUCCAACCCAAGUCGCUACGAAGAUUUAUUGGUGUCUUGUCGUCGUCCCGCUUCACGUGAAUACGGUUGAGGAAAUAUUGUAACUAUGCUAUCUAUGCUAUUCCUAUUGCUCUGUACUGUUUUGGUGUUGUCCACCACCAGCUCGGUAGCGGAUGCUAAGGCCAAUCUAACAAAGAUAACUUGGGCCCAUGCAGUGAAUGAUGCCGAAUUUCUAACCCGUGUUCUGGCAAGUGACACUCAGUUCAUCGAAGCGGACAUUUCGCUCGGCUACCUGAAGGACGAUGUGAACAAAGAACAUGAAAUCCCGAUUAUGGUCCAUCCGCCAACCACCGAGUCCGAUAUCUCGCUCGAAACAUUUCUUUCUCGUAUUCUCCAAUACAACCGGGAGGUCGUCAAGGACAGUUCGAAAGUGAAAGGCGUCAAGCUGGAUUUUAAAUCCAUUGGAGCAUUCGAAGGGGCUAUCAAUAUUAUUCGGAAUAGCUACGACAUGAACACAUUUGACACGUGGAUCAACGCGGACAUUUUACCCGGCCCAGUUGAUAAUACGGCUACGAUUCCAGUGGAUGCCACUCGUUUCUUUGCUGCAGCUAGACGUCUCGGAAAAGCUACACUUUCAAUCGGAUGGACCACACGGUGGGGUGCGGAUUUUGUGGAGGGUUUGUACACGGAAGCACAGGUCGAUGCCAUGGUCAGUGCAAUUCGUGCGAACGGUAUCGAUAAGGUUGGCAAUCCCAUCACGUUCCCUGUCAGAGCAGGAAUUGUGGCAAACAGCGUGACCAACAUGAUUCGUUUGUUUUGCGGCUUGAAGGAUACAAACGAUAUUACCUUUACUGUAUGGUCGAGCGCUGAUGAUGCGGUCAACGUUGAGAAGCUGCGCGAAUUUAUUUUCACGAUGGGCCUUGACCGCACCUACGUCGAUGUGCCGGACGAUUUGCACCGCCAGCUUCAUCUGGACGAAAACGCUUUUAGCAAUACGUGCAAAAAAACGCUACAAGCUAGGUGCUUCGAGUAGGUACAGUUUUUGUUAUCAUGAACAGUUUGGAAUAAAAUUGAAAGUUUAGUUUAAAAAAACAGCGAAAGA